GAGCGGGAUCUACAGAGUUCGGCUAACGUUCAAGGAAUCGACUUGUUUUUCAAAAACGAGCGCAGAGCUUGACGCGGUGUGGCCUGAAGCUUGGCUGCGCCCGUGGUCCCCCCUGGUACAGCGCGUUGGUAGCUGCCGGGUUGUGCUCGUUUUUUGACGCCGGUUGAAGAUGGCGGCGGCGCAGGAGGGUCGGAGCUGCUGUGACUGAGGAUCUGUUCACCUCUGCCGCUUGGAUUCUUAUUAUUCCUAGGAUUAUUUAUUAUAUAUAUAUAUAUAUAUGUGCCUCCCAAGUGACUGAAUUGUAGCUUGCUGUCCGAGGAUUGGAGAUGGGAGAGAAGCUGGAGCUGCGCUUGAAGUCUCCGGCAGGAGCCGAGCCAGCCUCUUACCCCUGGCCGCUACCUGUCUAUGAUAAACACCAUGAUGCUGCUCAUGAAAUCAUUGAAACCAUCAGAUGGGUAUGUGAAGAAAUUCCAGACCUGAAGCUAGCCAUGGAGAACUACGUACUCAUUGACUAUGACACAAAGUGCUUUGAGAGCAUGCAGAGACUGUGUGAAAAGUACAACAGGGCGAUUGACAGCAUUCAUCAGCUGUGGAAAGGAACAACGCAGCCCAUGAAACUCAACACGCAACCUUCCAAUGGGUUACUCCGUCAUAUCCUGCAGCAAGUUUAUAACCAUUCAGUCACCGACCCUGAGAAACUUAACAACUAUGAACCUUUCUCCCCGGAAGUAUAUGGCGAGACGUCCUUUAACCUAGUGGCACAGAUCAUUGAUGAGAUUGAGAUGAUGGAAGAUGACACCUUUGUGGAUCUUGGCAGUGGAGUGGGUCAGGUGGUGUUACAGGUGGCAGCAGCAACAAAUUGCAAACACUAUUAUGGAGUGGAGAAGGCAGACAUCCCUGCCAAGUAUGCCGAGUCAAUGGACAAAGAGUUUAAGAAGUGGAUGAAGUGGUAUGGUAAGAAGCAUGGAGAGUAUACGUUGGAAAGAGGUGACUUCUUAUCUGAGGAGUGGAAAGAGAGAAUUGCAAAUACAAGUGUGAUUUUUGUGAAUAAUUUUGCCUUUGGUCCCGAAGUAGAUCACCAGCUGAAGGAGAGAUUUGCAAAUAUGAAAGAAGGUGGUAAAAUUGUAUCCUCAAAACCUUUUGCCCCUCUAAAUUUCAGAAUCAACAGUCGCAAUCUGAGCGAUAUUGGCACAAUAAUGAGGGUUGUGGAGUUGUCUCCUCUGAGGGGCUCUGUAUCCUGGACUGGAAAGCCUGUUUCUUACUAUUUACAUACAAUAGACCGGACCAUACUUGAAAAUUAUUUUUCCAGUCUCAGAAAUCCAAAACUCAGGGAUGACCAAGAGGCUGCUAGGCGGCGACAGCAGAAAGAAGCAAAAGAAAAUAAAAGCAGCACAACAACUCCAACCAAAGUGCAGGAUCCCAAGCAGGAUUCAGCUGGUGAAGAGGAGAAGUCUGGUUCAGUAGCUGCAGUUAAGAAAGCUUCACCGGCCAAGCCACCACGCAAAACCCGUCUCAUCAAGAGCCGGAAGAUGGGAGGAAGAAAGCGUGGACGACCCAAAAAGGCUAGCGCUGCUGCAGCAGAGCGUAAAGCUAAGAAGAAUCAGGCCGCGUUGGAGCUAAUGCAUGCCAAAACGGUGUCCCAGACAGCGCCAUCUCAGGACACACACAAAGCACCUCAUAGCCCAUUCUAUCAACUACCUCUGAAAGUGCAGCGGCCAUCAUCAGGACAGCUGCUCCUGGGCCCAACACCACCUGCACUGCAGCAACUUCUAGACUCUUUCAAGGUACAAUACCUUCAGUUUAUGGCCUACAUGAAAAGCACAGAGUACAAGACUAGCCUCCAGGAGGUACUGGAACAGGAAAAGGAACGAAACAAAGACUUGACUGGGAAGGCAGAACAACUUUUUGCCCAGUGCCAAGGUCAGAAAGCAAAGAUCAAAGGACUGUUUCAUCAAAAGUUAGAAGAGCUUGGAGUUAAAGCACUCACCUACGAAGACCUGCUUCAAGCUCAGAAGGAGAUAUCGGCACACAACAGGCAGUUGAAGGAGCAAACUAAACAGCUGGAAAGAGACACCAUAGAGCUGAAGAACCAAAGCUUACUGCUGAUGAAGAAACGAUGUGAGGAGUUACAACUGAAAUGGUCCACACUGUCACUGGAAACUCUGCAUAAGGAAAAGCAGGUAUUGAGGAGCCAAAUCUCUGAGAAGCAGCGGCACUGCUUGGAGCUUCAGAUCAGUAUUGUGGAGCUGGAGAAGAGUCAGCGUCAGCAAGAGCUACUUCAGUUGAAGUCUUACAGUCCGUGUGAGGAUAGCCUAUCUGCAUCAUACCUGGGAAAGGGGCCUCCGAGCUUGGAGCCUCGCACCCCUUUGGACAUGAAAACGUCCGAAUUGCCAAUUCCUGCUGUGAACUGUCUGAGCCCAGAGCUAACUAUGAAUGGAAGUGCUUCAUCUUGCUUUGAUAGAGGGGUGAAACCUGAACUACUAUCCCACUUCCUGGCUUCCUCACAUGAUGAUAUUGUUCCUCCAACUCCUGGUGCUAGACAGCGCCUACCGAGUCAUACUCUGCCUGAUUACACUCGCCUUUCUCCUGCAAAAAUUGCAUUACGGAGACACUUAAACCAGGAUCCCAGUGGUGCACUAAAGAGCUCCAUGCUCUCAUUGCAGAGGAAUGAAAUUGUGAAGGAUGGGAUUUUAUCUACACCUAGUCUGGGAAUUAGACAGGGUUCAUCUCCAUCUUCCCCUGGACUCCAGCAAGGUGAAGCUGUGAAAGCUGCUGAAAAGAGCUGUAAAGAGAAGAGUGUUCCUGGAAAUCCAGAUGCCAUCACAAGCCUUCCCAUCAGCAUUCCACUAAGCACUGUGCAUCCCAGCAAGUUGCCUGUCAGCAUACCACUGGCCAGUGUUGUUCUUCCGUUCCGUGUAGAGAAGUUGAGAAGUACACCCAGCCCAGUGCCCCAAUCCAGAGAUUCUGGCUCACAAGACAAAUUGGUAGGAGUUGUUGGACAACUUGGUAGCAACGCUAUGGCACAGAAGACUCCUCACACACCUACCUCAGGGUAUUCUGUCUCCUCCUCUGGUUCUGUCAUGUUGAAUGGAUCGCAUUCUGGCUCUGGAUUUUUUUCAAUGGAUCAGAGCUCCUUGGAUAACUCGCCUGUAUCCCGUGAUUCUUCACCUCAUACUCCAUCAUUUAUAUUAAUGCAUGCACGUGGCUCAGGACAAUCUUCUCCCAGCAGUCCUAGAGUGACUGUUGGUAACCUUGGCAGCCUUUGCACAGGAGGGGUUUUGCAGUAUGCUGAUGGACCUCCUCGCAUCAUUCCCGAAGGAGGAAAACGAGAGCUCGCUUUGGAUGCUGAGGGUUUAGAAUGUGACGCCAAGCGGAAAAAUUUCUUCUCUUCAGGAAUGAAGCAGACCCACACUGCAAAGCAAGGGCCCCCUGGAAGCACAUGUAGAGGAGACAUCCCAGAUGUGAAAAAGCGGAGCAAGAAGAAACGCAGCUCCUCCAGUAACUAUUCCACUGGGAGCUCUCCAAAGAGAAAGCCCCAUUUGGGAAUUGGCCAUUCUUCCGGAUCGCCACUGAAUAUCAGUUCUAUGGUUAAUAACAUCAACCAGCCUUUGGAAAUUGCAGCCAUCUCAUCCCCUGAGACCUCUAUGAAGAAUUCUCCCAUUCCAGAUUUGGAUCAGCCCCCUGUCCUGAAGCGGGAAAGGCCAUUGGAUAUUAAUGGGACCACACGCUAUUCCUCAACGAUGAGUUCUGAUGAGGAAGAGCGUGACUGCCAGGAGGAGAGCGCCAGCAUGCGAAUUGAAAGGAAGAUUGCAACAAUUUCUCUAGAAAACUGUGACAGCCCUGUGAAGCCAGGUGAUAUUGAUAAAGGUGGAAACCCUUCAGGUCGGAAAGUAAGCAACCAUGAGAUCAGCUCAUCCACCUCUAGCAGCAGCAAAUGGAAAUCAACUUUCUCCCCAAUCUCCGAUCCUAAGCAGCCUAACUCUGAGACAGUUCGUCAAGGCAGCUCUCCUUUUGGGGGUCGCUAUGGCAGUAUGGACUCAGAAUCUGACCAUAAGCAGCAGCUCAGGAAGCUGAUGACAUCUGUAGGGGCUGGUGAUGCCUCAGGGGGUGCUGCUGGAGGAGGUGCAGUUCCCAACUCCUCUGGUCUCCUAAUAAAUGGCUCGGCCUACUCAGGGCAGUUACAGAGCCCCAGCUUGAACCCCAACCCAUUCCGCAGACAAGCAGAAGUCCAGGGGAUCGAUGUAGGGAGCCGCAAUGCCCAUGAACAGCCACAGGGUCUGAGUGGCUUGGGAAAGGUGAAGUCAAGAGAGUGGGACACUGGAAAAAGCCAGACGCAAAACCUUUUUAUUUCGGCUACUGUCUCGGUGGCAACUGGAGAUAUCCUGAGUAGUAAAGGGGGACCCCCACCAGCUUCAACAUCAUCUGGAGUGUCUGUGGGUGCCCCACAUGCUUACUUGGGUCCCCAGUUUCCCUUGGGUAGCUCGUCAGUGUUGCAGUCUCUGUUCGGGGCACAGUCCCCUACAGCAGGAGGGCAGAGGAUGGUGAAUGGCCACACAGCGAUGGGAUCCUUCGCUGGCUCUGGACUCUCUGGGGGAGCAGCUGGAGGUAUUUUUAGCCACAUGGUUCCACCCGGCUCUUCCCAUCAAUUUGGAGCCAGUCUGAACGUUUCUGGCUCCUCCUCUGGCAGCGGCUCUUUGAUGAGCCUCACCCCCAUGCAACAGCAGGCAGUACCUGGCUCCCUCAGUGGGGUUCCUCUCCCCCAGUCGUCUUUGCAAAGCCGGACCCCCUCUGUGCCCUCAGUUCCACUUUCAGUCCCGUUGUCCCUGCCCCUGCCUCCUCCUUUGUUGGCCACCAAUUCUGUUGCCGAGUUGCCGCAAAAUUCAAGCAGCGGCGGCAGCAGUGACGGCUUCCUGCCUCCCUCUUCCUCUCAACCACAGAAAUGCAAGCCUUCCUUUACCAUACAUCACCCACCCCUUGCUCCCCGCUCUGCAUCCGCUAGCAACCCUUGUCCCAGCAACCUGUGGGUCACUUUUGGCAUGCAGGCUCCCAGUGCUUCACAGCUAUCAGGGGUCCGUCCACGGUAGGGAUUACCUACCCAAGACUACGAUUUAAUUCAAGGUAACUGACAGUUCUACCUCAAACAGAGAACGACCUAUGCAAAGGACGAGUGUGGACCAAGAGGACUGCUCUUCCACGGAUUGGUGCUCAGAGAAUCUGUCCCUCGCCUGUUAUAUCCCACCUUAUCCUUCUCCUCAGCGAGAAGGAUCUUCGUCACGCAUGGGUGUUGAUGUGUAACACAAUUGUGCACUAAUGUUUCGGCAUUCCAGCACAAAAUGAUGUGUGCCCACUUGCUGCACUGCUUAACAACAUUCUGCUCGGUCUGGUCCUUUCCACUAUUAUGCUUGUCCAAUCCUCUGUCUUUUAUUUUCCUGACCAACUUAUCCUGAGUCAUUUUACUUGUGAUGUUAUGAAGAGAUUACAGUCAGUGCAAAGUGGACAACGUUAAUGAAUGAAAAAACAUUUUAUUUAUUUAUUUUUUUUAACAAAUUUUUGGACAAGAUUGACUCUUGGUGCCGCUCAGAUGAAAUACUCUUCCCCUCCAGGGUGGGUCAAUCAGCAAACUGGGAUAGAGAUGUAGUGAUAUGCAUGCCCAGCCCACCACUCUACUUCCAGCUGAAUAACUAACACAUAUGCACACGCACACCCCAACCAGAUUUUUACACAUAUGCACUGUUGCAGUGUUCCUUUCUUGCAUUUUCCAUCUUAGCUUCUUUUUGAUUUGGAAAUCUGGCUUUCAUUGAACCACAUGACUUCCAUCUGGCUAGUUCCUCUUUCAAAAUGAACAUGGAUAUUUUUGAUUAAAAUGCUGAUAGCGAUUGAGGAAAAAAAAUGUGCAAGGUGAAUAGAUGUGAGGGUGCAAUGAGUGGUCAAGCUGGCAUCCUGAAACAAACAGGGGCAUUGCAUUCACUGGGUCUCUUCCCAUCUUCCAGUUCCCUAUUUCUCCAUCUUUGUUGUAGCUGCCUAUAUAUUGGUUCUGUUGUGUUUUCCUAGGGUUUCAGUGACAGGGGUGUCCCAUUUUAAAACUUGUAUUGUAAAAAUUAACAAAUAAAUGACUUUGCAUUCUGAGUGUUAACACCAAGGGCUUGGGAACUGGUAGAUUUCAGAGAGCUCACUGGUAGAUUAUACCAAAGACUUGAAACCUUCACAUCUUGGGAGAUUAUUGGAGCCACUAUCCAGUCCAACCAUCACAGAUGAAAUUUAGGAGCAUAGUGGCAAGUGUGACCCAACCCUUGGUAUGCAGUCUGCUAAGAGAGAGACUAGUGCACUAUAUGUCAAAUCUGGCAGAGCUAAAUUGGCUGCUUUGCAAAAAUUGGGGCACCUUUCUCUCAGAAACCUUUGGAUCCGAGUUAACUGGACAGGUCUGUCACCAUAUCAAAGAAAGAGCCUCUUGUUUAGGGGAGGGUUUUGGGGGCGUGUUGAUUGCUUUAUCCACCUAACCCUUUCUGUUUAUUCUGUUUGUGUUUUAUUGUUAAAAUUAGUCUUUAAGUGACCGAGUGACAGUGGAGCAGGUGGGUCUUGUCAAUGUGCUUGCCUUUACCUGGUGCUAUCAACCCAACUCCAAAAACUGUGCCUGGGGUUUAAAAGUGAAUAGUGGGGGGAUUUAAAUAUAAUAAAAAAAAAAAAAAAAACUGAUAUUAAAAACAUGGUGCUCUAGGUGCAGAAGGCGGCACCAAAUGUGGCAAUACUUGUAUCCAGCAUUAACAUCUGCUUUUUCUCAUAUAUAUUUUUUAAUUUUGUUUGAAAGAAAUCUUUUCAAUCUGAAGCGAGCUGGCAUGACCACUGCAGUUUACAUCCUCGCGGCCGCGUGGUCAAGUUGGGCCAAGUCUGUAAGCUUCUUUUUUUUUCUCUCCCCACACAUGCUUUUUAUUUAAAAAGAAAAAAAAAAACUCAAAGUAGUUGUCUGAGUAGAAAAAUCACUACUACUGAAAAUUAAGCAAAUGCAUCACAAAAGCAAAAACUGUGGCAUGUUUACGAAAAGACAACGAAAAAUGGAAGCUGACCAAAAUAGGAUUCUAUACUUUUUAAUUUUUCUUCCAGUUAUUUUAUACGCGUAUGUGUGUUUGUAAGGUUUAGAGUAAACAGCCUGCUGUGACUACCAGCAACACUGUUUGCUACUUGGAGAUAAAAAAAUGAAACUUAAAAGAAACUCAAAUGGCAGAUUUGUUUUUAGUUGCCAAUUUGGGUCGUGGCUGGAGAGCAGUGUGUCACAAUCCUCUUCUGCCAUGUCCACAAUGUCACCAGCACUGAACUUUUUAAUUUAAUUUUUUUUUAAGGAUGAUUUGUGGUUUGAUUAAUUAUAAGUGAAUCAAGAUCCAGGUGAAAUACUGUAGGUCCUCAUAGUAGCGUGGUGCUCUCAUGGACUUAAUAAAACAAUGCAGCUAUGAUGUAUCAUCGUGUGAUCUCCAGUCACUGGAGCCUUCUUAUUUUAAUUUUAUUAUAAUUAUUUUAAGAUAUAAUCUUUUUGCGUCCUCCGGAAGUCUUUGUGGGGUGCAGCAGUUGCAGUGGUUAUGGGGUGGGGGGUGGUGUCUAUAAAUAUUUUGUGAAAUAAAUGCUCCUGACCUUUCCUGCGUAUUCAGUCAUGUGAGUGUUUUCAUCGUUCUUCCGUUUUCUUUUCUUGUUAUUAAAGAGUCUGUACCUUUUCAAGCAUUUUAGGAAUUUUUUUUAGGUGCAGUGAUUGUUGUGCUGAGAAAAGAAACCAAGCUGAUCUUGUGAACUAUGUAGGAUAGGGUUGUUUCCGUGGUGCCGUCUCUCUUGAAUUAUUAUCUAACGUGGCGUUUCAAGCAGAACUCUCACUGGUGCUCACAAAAAAAUGCCUUCAUGCCGAACUGGAAAGCAUAAGCAGUGUCCACUGGGUCCUUUUAAUGGCAAAUGUAUAAAAUUUGUCAGAUUCUUUACGGCCCUCUUAAUGUAGAAGAUUCAUCCCUUUGGACCAUUAGGUACCAGAGCAGGGGCAUAUUUUUAUUUAAGCUUUUUUUGAAUUUUAAGUAAUAAAAUGGGCAGUUAUCCACAGACACAGGCUGGUCAUUCCACAAACUGUUGUAGAAAUAAGUUCCCCGUCCCAAAAUGCAGUCACACUCAAGUGAGCUUUGCAUCAUUAAAUAAAGUCCCAAAAUAUAGCUCGCCAUGUGAGGUGCCACAGGGAACCCCAUUGCUUGCUAUGUUUUCUAAAUGCCGCAGGAACGCUUGAAGCCGUUGCUGUUUUUAAUGUCUUGAAUUAAUUUUGAUAGCAAACACUAUAAGCAAAUUAAAAAAUUAUUUAACUGUACAUAUGUUUUAUAUAGAGUAUAUAUUUAGAUUUUUUUUGUGGGUGGGAUUUAGAACGCUCGCAGAAUUGUGGUCACAGUAGGUCUGGUUGGAAAGGGGACUCUGUAAGAACUGCAGAUUUUCAUUUUUUUUUUGGCUCCAAUUUCAGUUGGUGCUUAAGCAAGGCCUCUGAAAGGGCAGGGGCCA